CGCUUCCAUCCACUGCGCAGACCCUGCCGGAGCCGCUGCUGCUAUGGCUGAUCGGGAGGAUCUGGUGUACCAGGCGAAGCUGACCGAGCAGGCUGAGCGAUACGACGAAAUGGUGGAAUCAAAGAAGAAAGUAGCAGGGAUGGAUGUGGAGUUGACAGUUGAAGAAAGAAACCUCCUAUCUGUUGCAUAUAAAAAUGUGAUUGGAGCUAGAAGAGCUUCCUGGAGAAUAAUCAGCAGCAUUGCGAAAGAAGAAAACAAGGGAGGAGAAGACAAACUAAAAAUGAUUCGGGAUUAUCGGCAAAUGGUUGAGACUGAACUAAAGUUAAUCUGUUGUGACAUUCUGGAUGUACUAGACAAAUACUUCAUUCCAGCAGCUAACACUGGCGAGUCCAAGGUUUUCUAUUAUAAAAUGAAAGGGGAUUACCACAGGUAUCUGGCUGAAUUUGCCACAGGAAAUGACAGGAAGGAGGCUGCAGAGAACAGCCUAGUGGCUUACAAAGCUAGUGAUAUUGCAAUGACAGAACUUCCACCAACGCAUUCAAUUCGCUUAGGUCUUGCUCUCAAUUUCUCAGUAUUCUACUAUGAAAUUCUUAAUUCCCCUGACCUUGCCUGCAGGUUGGCAAAAGCAGCUUUUGAUGAUGCAAUUGCAGAACUGGAUACGCUGAGUGAAGAAAGCUGUAAGGACUCUACACUUAUCAUGCAGUUGUUACGUGAUAAUCUGACACUAUGGACUUCAGACAUGCAGGGUGAUGGUGAAGAGCAGAAUAAAGAAGUGCUGCAGGAUGUGGAAGAUGAAAAUCAGUGAGACAUCAAAGCCAACAAGAGAAACCAUCUCUGACCACCCCACUCCUUCCCAUCCCACCCCCUCUUGGAAAUUCCCC